AUGGAGGUGAUUAGAGAAAAACAAUAUGCUAGAAUUAUUGAAGGACUUGAAAAUAAAGAAAUUUCUAAUGGACGAGGCUUGAAUCAAGAAACUUCUCUUAGAAGGUAUGGUGAUACCCGUUGGGGCUCCCACUAUGUUACAAUUAUUCAUCUACUUGCAAUGUUUUCAUCAGUUCUUGAUGUGCUUGAGAUUAUAAGGGAGGAUGGGAUGAACUCAGAACAGAGAACAGAAGCAGUCGUUUUAACAGAUAUUAUGGAAUCUUUUAAUUUUGUGUUCAUGCUUCAUUGUUUGAGAAGGAUACUAGAAGUUACUAACGAGUUCUCACAAGCAUUACAAAGAAAAGAUCAAGACAUAGAAAAUGCUAUGAGUUUAUUGAAAACAUCAAAGGAACGAUUCAAAAUGAUGAGAGAGAAUGAUUGGGAAUCUUUACUGGAAGAAGUGUCAUCUUUUUGCAUCAGACAUGAUAUUGAUAUUCUAAACAUGGAUGAUGAGUACAAGCUUCGUGGGCGUUCAAUGCGAAAAUCUCAAGGGAUUACAAACCUACACCAUUUCCGUUAUGAAUUGUUUAACAAUAUCAUUGACAUGCAGCUUACUGAGUUGGAUGAUUGUUUUACUGAGACGAGUACAAAGUUACUUCUUUGUGUGGCAUGUUUAAACCCAAGUGACUCUUUCUCUGCUUUCAACAAAGAAAAGCUUAUUUGCCUUGCUCUUUUUUAUCCUAGUGAAUUCUCUAUAGUGGAUCUUGUGGUACUUAGUGACCAACUUGAUACGUAUAUUAUUAAUCGAUGUGGUGGUGGUGAGUUCUCUGGUAUUAAAGGUAUUGCUAGUCUUGUAGAGAAAAUGAUAAAAACAAAGAAGAAUUUGAUAUUUCCAUUAGUAUAUAUGCUUAUCAAAUUGUCAUUACUUCUACCAGUUGCAACUGCUGUAGUGGAGAGAGUUUUUUCUGCUACGCAUAUUGUCAAGAGUAGAUUGCGAAAUAGGAUGGGAGAUAAGUGGAUGAAUGAUAGUUUGGUUGUAUACAUUGAGAAAGAUAUCUUCGAUAAGAUUGAUAUUGAAGCUAUUAUGAAGCGAGUUGGUACUCCAAACGUCCUCCUUCUAGCUACUGUGAGAUGGACACCAGUUACUGUAACCAUCGUUCCAUGUCAAACUCCUCGGGCUCCCAAGAACCGAACAGACGAAGGACUAAAAAAAGGGGCACAUUUCAGCACCAUCAUACUCGCCAUGAAAACCUCCAUGAAACUAUUUGGUGUUACCCAACAAGAGGGUGAGUCUAUACGGGCAUAUUUGAAGAGGUUCAAUGAGAAGAUGCUCAAUAUAGAAGAAUUACUUGAGCCAUUAGCUUUAGAGGAUUUGAUAAAAGGGUCUAGUCUCAGACUGACACAUUCUUUAGGUGAUGCCAAAAGGCCUCUCACCUCACCAGGGGUUAAUCUCAAAUCCCUUCAUUCUCUUGUACAGUCUUAG